AAAAAUUCGAAGAAAUCAACUUGAUAUUCAUAUUUUGAUAAAAUCAUAAUAAGAGCUAGGAAAUGGCCAGACCACUGAAGGCGAAUCUCAAACAGCAGUUUAUAUCGAUAACUGAGACCAAUAGCACCACUGCUACGGCCUGGUUAGAGAAGUAUAAGUGGAAAUUAGAGGAUGCAAUGAAUGCUUACCUAAGUAACGGCGGGGUAGCUGGAGAGAUUGACGAGACCAACAAGGGGGUUACAUUGAAUGAUAUUGACGAAGAUUUGGUGAAAAUAUAUGAAAAAUAUCAAGAUGGACAAAAUAAGGAGAUAAUUGAUAUUGACGGGACAUUUCAAUAUUUAGAGGAUUUAGGAAUUGAUCCAGAGGAUAUGAUCAGUUUAACGUUAUCAUAUUUUUUGGAAUCACCAAGUACAGGUAUAUUCAAUAAGAGUUCAUUUUUAACAAGAUGGAAUAAUGAACAAAUCAAUAAUUUAAAAGAUAUGAAGGUUUAUUUAGAGGAAUACCAAAAAAGAAUUAAUGAAGAUAUGAAGGAGUUUGAAAAAAUUUAUAUGUUUACAUUUGAUUUCAUUAAAAGUAAUAGAAUAGAUAAAACUGUUAAUUAUGAAUUAUCGAUAUCAUAUUGGAAAUUAUUAUUUAACCAAAGGCCCGAAUUUCAAAAUGACACCUGGGAAAGAUUGGAGCAGUGGUUUAAAUUUGUUGAAGAUGAAUAUAAACGAGAUUUUAGUAAAGAUAGUUGGAAGAUGUUUUAUUAUUUUGUCAAGGACAUUAUUUCCCAGGAUCCAAAAGAAUUUAAGGAUUAUGAUGAAAUGAGUGCAUGGCCAAGUGUAAUUGAUGAAUACGUUGAAUAUUUAAGAGAAAAUCAAUUAUUAAUAGAAUAA